AUGCAACGCAGAGAGCUGUUUCUCUUUGACUACGGUGUCGCCGUGCUGUGGAACUUUACCGAAAAGGAAGAGCAGGAGUUUCUCAAGGUCCUGGCACCGUUCUCGACCAACUUUCUGAAGGAAGAUAACCAAGAGUCCGAGGGCUUGCACUUUCAGUACGAUCUUGGCGGUCCGUCCCAGCCCAGAAUCUUCAACGAUAUGAUCACCCUCAAGACCAACAGCAACAUGACCAAGCUGACCAUCUCGCACGCACUCGCCCAGUCCGCCAAGCUGGCCCACUUUGAGAAUAUGAUGGAAGACACCAUCACGGGCUCUAUCCCGCUGCCCCGGAAAAUGGCAAAGUACGGCGAAGUCAAGAUGCCGCGGCCCGAGAUCAUGAAGAUCAUCGGCGGUCUCUUCAACCUGCGCAUGAACGUCAAUCUCGUCAGCAACGUCCUGGAUACGCCGGAGCUGUUUUGGUCCGAGCCCGAGCUUGUUGGGCUGUACAAUGCCAUUCGGAAGUACAUGGAGAUUUCGCAGCGAGCCAACUUGCUCAACACCCGCGUCGGGGUGCUCUCGGAUCUGCUGGACAUGCUCUCGGAGCAGAUGAACACCAACGAGCGCUCGUACAUCUCGUGGAUCGUUAUUGUGUUGAUCUGCGUCGCUGUCGUCAUUGCCAUCGGCGAAGUUUGGGUCAAGGUGCUGCGACUAGGUGCCGGCAUCGAGCUGAUUCGGUAUCCGGUGCGCAAAGUGCUGGGUAUGUGA